CUGACUAACCAGCUCCUCCAGGCCCAAGGUGUUGGGGGGAAGGGUGCAGCAGGAGGUAGCCAGACCAGCCCCAGGCUGUGGAUGUGGUAGAAGGUGGCUGUCAUGGGGCUCCCCCAGAGGCCUCCUCACCCAUGGCUGCUGUUCCUCUUGGUGGCGCUGGUCUGGCCCCAGCCCUGCAUGAGCCUGGAGCUGAUCCCCUACACGCCGCAGAUAACAGCCUGGGACCUGGAAGGGAAGGUGACGGCCACCACGUUCUCCUUGGAGCAGCCGCGCUGUGUGCUGGACGGUCAUGCCAGUGCUGUCAACACUGUCUGGCUGGUGGUGGCCUUUAGCAACGCCUCCAGGGACUUCCAGAACCCGAACACACUGGCUGAGAUCCCAGCUUUCCCACAGCUGCUGACUGAUGGUCACUACAUGACACUGCCCCUGUCCCUGGACCAGCUGCCCUGCGAGGAUCCCGUGGGUGGCAGCCGCAUUCCUGUGCUGCGGGUGGGCAAUGACCCUGACUGCCUGGCUGGCCUCCACCAGCCAUCUUCCUGCAACGCCCCCCUCCCCGGUCCUGGACCUUACAGGGUGAAGUUCCUCCUGAUGGACGCCAGGGGCUCACCUCAGGCUGAGACCAGAUGGUCUGACCCCAUCGCUCUGCAUCAAGGGAAGUCCCCAGGCUCCAUCGACACGUGGCCAGGACGACGAAGUGGUGACAUGAUCGUCAUCACCUCCAUCCUCUCCUCUCUGGCCGGCCUCCUGCUCCUGGCUUUCCUGGCAGCCUCCACUGUGCGCUUCUCCAGCCUAUGGUGGCCUGAGGAGGCCCCUGAGCAGCCUCGAAUUGGCUCCUUCAUGGGCAAGCGCUACAUGACCCACCACAUCCCUCCCAGUGAAGCAGCCACCCUGCCAGUGGGCUGCGAGCCUGUCUUGGACCCCCUUCCCAGCCUCAGUGCCUAG